GUGGGUAAAGAAAAACAUAAACCCUAAAGCCUGCGUCACUGUUUGUUCUUCAUUUCCUCUUCAUUGAUUCAAUUCGAUAACACGGCUUGACUCAGAGAGGCUAAGGAUCCAGAGUCAUGCAGUAUCUAUCGAACUCUCGUAGAAUCGCUCGGGCUCUGAAACCCCUUGCACUCCUCGAGACUGAUGUGAGAUUCGCUUCUCAUGUUGUUGACUCUACCCAAUGGCAGAACCAUCGAUCUCCUUCAGUCUCUGUCUCUCCAGGUACCAUCUCUUCAUUUCACAUGACAAUGUGUUUUGUAGGGCUGAUGAUGCUGAGAUCAAGCUUUUCCUCUGAAGCAAAACAUGUCGAAGAUCCUACAGAGGCUGUCAAGGAGCUACAUGGUAAGAUACUUGAUUCUGUGAAUGUCAAGAGAUCCAUGCCUCCAAAUGCUUUGUUGUGGUCGUUGAUUGAGAAUUGUCGGAAGGAGGAUGACAUCAGUUUCCUCUUUGACGCUCUUCAGAAUCUCCGGAGAUUUAGGUUGUCCAAUCUCCGUAUACAUGACAACUUUAAUUGCAAUCUAUGCCGGCAAGUUGCUAAGACCUGUGUACGUGUGGGAGCAAUUAACCAUGGUAAACGGGCUCUUUGGAAACAUAAUGUUCAUGGUUUGACUCCUAGUGUUGCAUCUGCUCACCAUUUACUGUCAUAUGCGUUAGAGCACAAGAACGCUAACCUCAUGGACGAGGUAAUGAAACUUCUGAAGGCGAAUGACCUGCCUUUACAACCCGGUACAGCGGAUUUAGUUUUCAGGAUCUGUCAUGAGACAGAUAGCUGGGAUCUAUUAGCUAAGUACUCUAAGAAAUUCUGCAAAGCUGGAGUCAAGUUAAGGAAGACCACUUUUGAUGUAUGGAUGGAAUUUGCUGCCAAAAGAGGAGACACGGAGUCGUUAUGGAAGGUUGAUAAGCUGAGAUCUGAGACUUACACCCAACACACUCUUUCCGCAGCCUUUUCAUGUGCAAAGGGGUUUCUGCUAGAACAUAAACCUGAAGAAGCUGCUGCUGUCAUCCAAAUUAUCUGCCAGGCAUAUCCUGAUGAGAAGAAGUCAGCACUUGAGGCUGAAUUCAAGAAGCUGGUAAACGAGUGGCCGGUGGAUGUUCUCAAGCACCAAAACGAAGAAGAUAAGAAGGCUGUAGCAGCUUCAUUGAGAUCUGACAUCCCUGCAAUGGUCAAUGCUUUGGUGAAGUCGGGUUUAAGAGUGAGUGUGGAUUUGGACGAGUUAAACAAGAAUGAAGCUCUUCUCAGCUGAGGACCAUUAAGAUCUGUUCCAAGGUUGCUCCGUUGAAUAAUAUUUUCAAAUCUUUUUAAGGGAAAGUGUAGCAGCAGAGGGAAACACAUUUCUAUUUUAGUGUCAUGCAUCUACUGCAACUCUUUCUCGUUCUUUAGGGUUUGUCGUUUGGAUCAAACUCACAUGAGUUGCACUUUUGUAGCCUCGCUCAAAUAAGGAAUUCCGAAAAAAAAACAAGAAAACAAGAAUUUUGAGUCUC